GGUCGGGCCCCGCGAUGGACUCCAAAAUAUUCGCGACCCAGUGGACACGACCACCAAACUAGAGCUGAUUAGUCGACUACGAGCAACAGGACUCCAGACCAUCGAAUUAACCUCAGUCGUCUCCCCUCGAGCAAUUCCCCAGCUGGCAGACUGUCGGCAGGUCCUGCAAAAUCCAAUGAUUCAGCAAUUAUUACGGACCUCGGACCUCCGUCUGCCGGUUCUUGUUCCGAACCUCAAAGGCUUUCAGAUCGCCGUCCAGCAUGGGGUCCAAGAGGUUGCGGUCUUUGUCAGCGCCACAGAGGGGUUUAGUCGAGCCAACAUAAAUGGCACCGUCGAAGAGGGUCUAGUGAGAGCGAAGCAGGUGGCAUCUGCUGCAGUGAACGCUAACAUUGCGGUCCGAGGCUACGUAUCGUGUAUAUUCGCAGACCCGUAUGACGGCCCGACGCCGACGUCCUCGGUGCUCCUUUGUGCAAGGACACUCCUUGAAGCUGGGUGCUACGAAGUGAGCCUCGGCGAUACCUUGGGAGUGGGCACUCCUCUCGAGGUCCGUCGCCUUGUUACAUAUCUGAAGGAUAAUGACAUACCGCUCGAGCAACUCGCAGGCCAUUUCCAUGAUACUUACGGGGGAGCGGCAGCGAAUGUGUGGGAGGCCUACACGUGUGGUGUUCGGGUAUUUGACAGCAGCGUGGCUGGGCUUGGCGGCUGCCCGUUUGCGCCUGGGGCAAAAGGUAAUGUCGCGUCAGAGGAUCUAGUCUAUAUGUUUCAGAAGUCUGGAGUCGAUACGGGAGUAGACUUGUUGAAACUGGCGGAGACAGGGGCCUGGAUAUCGGAGCGACUGACUAAAUCAAACUCCAGCCGCGCGGGACCAGCGUUGAUCGUGAAGCACAAGUUGACUCAACAAUCAGCGAAUGCAACUAACCUGCAAUGGAUGGUCGUCGGAGAAACCGAAGGACUGCUCCUGUCCCGAAGCGGUGUGAAUUUGAAAAUCACUUUGAACCGUCCAAAGAAUGGCAACGCUCUCUCUGCGGCAUUGACAGAUGAACUCACAACAGUAAUCAAGAACGCCAACGCGGACCCAUCAAUCACCCGCAUCAUUCUCACUGGCAGCGGGAAGUUCUUCUGCACGGGAAUGAACCUGGCCAAAGGAAGUACCCCCGUGGCUCAGGGAGGGUCAACAAGUGACACACAAUAUGACAGGCUUGUCAAUCUCUUGGAAGCUAUCGACCAGAGUCCCAAAGUAACCAUCGCGUGUCUGAACGGGCCUGCAUUUGGUGGUGGCGUCGGGCUGGCGUUUGCCUGCGACAUUCGACUGGCCGUUAAAGCCACGACCAUGACCCUGAGCGAAGUAAAGCUAGGCUUGUGCCCAGCAACCAUCUCCAAAUAUGUCAUUCGAGAAUGGGGGAUUCCUUUCGCUCGAGAAGCCAUGCUGUCUGCUCGGUCGGUGACAGCGGCUGAACUCAAGACACGAGGGCUCAUCAUGGAGCUUGCAGAAGAUGCCGAGCAGCUGUCCAUGGUGUUAGAUGGCUUCCUUACCCGACUUAAAAUCGCUUCAUCAGCAGCAUCCCGGAUGUCGAAGGAUUUGGUGAGGCUUGCAUGGGUGCAUGGUGGAAAGGAUGAGCAGGCGAGGGGGAUCAAGGAGUUGUUCGAUGAGAUGAUGAAGCCUGGUGCGGACGGAUCCUACGGUGUAAACAAGUUCCAGGCCAAACACCCGGUGGACUGGGACGCGUACCAUCUGCAACGAUCGAAGGCGCGGUUGUAGAAAUCCCACUAUCG